CAUAUUUUUGGUUAAAAGAUUAUUUACUUAUCGCAAUCGAGUACAACUUCACUCGAACUAUAAUUUAUUUAUUUUUAUAAUCUACACAUACAUAUGUAACUGUGAUUGUCUUUUGACGAAAUAAAAAUUUGACAGAUUUUCGGUAAAUUUAAUAUUAAAAAGAAAAUAUUAAAAUGGCACCAGAAAAGGCAAAAAAACAUUGUACUCUAGAGCAAAAAAAAUGUAUGGUUGCAUUCAUGGUGGCUCAUAAGGAACUAGCUCAAAGAAAAUUGUCAGGAAACAGUUUUAAGAAAACCACAGAUGAGCUUUUCAAUAAAUUGAGUGAUCAACUAAAUGCAAUAAAAGGUGGUGCCGUAAAAGAUGCAUCUAGCUGGAAAAAGACUUGGAAUGAGUUUAAAAGAAUUGUAACUACAAAUGAAGAUCAAAGAAGAAUUGAUAUAAAGAAUCGAUUGAAACCGACAAAAUUAACUGAGUUGGAGAAAAUAGUAUUAGAGAAUGGUUUAAUUCCAGGACAACGGUUUGGAUCCAAUGCAGUCCCUGAGUUUGGUUUACCGAAAAAAGGAAAUUCAGUCAAUUCAAAUUCAGAAAAGAUUCUUCCGAGAGUGACAGAAGUGAUGAUGAGUCAGAAGCAAUUAAAGGGAAUUCAGAGAGGGAUACGAAACGUUCAAAAAUAAAGGGUUAAUGCUAUAUUUAAUUUAUUUAAAAAUUCGUAAUAUAGUAAAUAAAUAUUAAAUAAACAUAAAUAAACAGAAAAUAAUUAUAAUUAAAUAUAUACUGUAGACAAAAGUGCUUUGGAAGUUUUGAAUUUCCAAGUAAGUCAAGCGGAUAAAAACCUAAAAUUAAAGAGAGAAAUUUUUGAAUUUGAAAAGAAGAACCAUAGAGAAACUAUAAAUUGUUUGAAAGAACUUUCAGAAAAUGUAGCCGGGUUGAGAAACGAAUUUAGGUUGUAAGUUACAAAAUAUUCAGAAAAUUAUAUUGAAAUUAUCUAAAAGUUUAUUUUUAACAACUAAUUGAGAGACUUAGAAGUUGAGACAAUAAAAUAAAUUAAAUAUUUUAUAUAUUUUUUGUUAGAAUUCAAUAUUAAAUAAUAGGUUACGAAACCAACCAAUUGAACUAUAUGAUUUUAAUUUAACCAUUUUAAAAAUAUUAAAAAAAUUAUAUCUCCUGUAUUUCAACAGAUUUUUCAAACAAUUAUAACAGCUCCAAUAAAUAAUCAAUAGUCGAAUCAUCAAUGGUCAAUCAUCAUCAGUCAAUCAUCAUCAA